AAAUAUGAUAACAUAAUGACAAAGACUAAUAAGUCGCAUCAGCUCAGGAGGAGGUACGACCCAGCGCCUAGUCAGUCUGCACAGGCUUCCGACAAGAUUGAAGCAUCCGGUGGCCCAAACGAAGCUGUAAGCAUCAGUCGGGAUCCAAGCUGCACUGAGCACCGCCACAGCCACUCAGUGAGAAUGAAGGCCCGCUUUAUCAUCCUGCUGCCCCUGCUCCUCCCCCUGGCAGGGGGGCAGGUCUACCACUGGGGCCCUUGCCCACAGCCAGAGGUCCAGCCAAACUUCGAACUCCAAAAGUACCUGGGAAGAUGGUAUGAGAUUGAGAAGCUGCCCUCCUCCUUCGAAAGAGGCAAGUGCAUGGAGACCAACUACUCUAUGCGGGAGGACGGCACCAUCAAGGUGGUCAACACAGAACAGUUGAAAGGAAAACUGAAGUCCGUUGAAGGCACAGCUGUGGUCCAGGAUGUGAACCAGCCUGCCAAGCUGGGAGUGAGCUUUUCUUUCUUCACACCUUACAGUGCAUACUGGAUCCUGUCCACUGACUAUGAGACCUCAGCAGCCGUGUACUCCUGCUUCGACGUGCUGCGGAUCUUCCACGUGGAAUAUGCCUGGAUCCUGGGCCGGACCCGCUCUCUGCCGGAAAAGACCAUCACCGCUGUGAGGGACAUCUUCAUCAGGAGCCACAUUGGCAUCGAGAGUAUGGACCCCACCGACCAGGAGGACUGUGACCUGCCACCAGUUUAGGGUUUCAGUUACGACCGCUGUCUGUCACCGCAGCAAAGUGAAGACGCAAUGCUUCACAAGUUUUACUCAUUUCACUGACACCAUAAUCGGUUUAUCCACUAUGCAUUAUCAUUUACCGCAGCACAUACUGUAUGCAUGCAUGUAGACAUUGAUUUCCUAAAGAAAUGCUUCUUUCUUAAAGCUAUCUCAGCAAAAUUGCAAUAUUUUCAAACUUAUUGAUCUAGGUAAAACAUGAGAAACAGUAUAUAUUUACGGAGGAUAUAUUUCCAAAAUGGCUUUGCGAACAGAGCUGAUCUUUUACCCCUAAAUCCUAAACACUUGUACCUUUAGGAUAAAUAACACACUGUGGUUUAAAUUAUAGAUGAACAGUUAUUGCAAGUACAGAAAGCAAACCAGGCAAGAUAAGAUAACAUUUUAUUUAUUCUAAGGGAAACUCUCAUGCCAAGGCGCAACUCUCCCAGUGCUUAAUUAAUAUACCAAAAAUAAAGAAUACAAUAAAUGCAGUGUAAACCUGCAGUGGCGGCUGCUGACCAGAAUUUUUAGUGAAGCAAACUCUAGAUCAGGACCUCCCAGCCGUUUUCAAAUGUGAUAAAAAUAAAUAAAAAAAAAAAAUCAAAUGAUGUCUCACUUUUAGAAUUCAAAAAUGAGUUGUGGCCCACAAUAAAUAUAACCACACAAAUACUUAAGUUUUAACAUAUACACAAAUUCCAGUAAGAGAACACGUCAAAUCUGAAUACCAAAUAUCAACUUUCUUUGCAUACUUGCAAUGCUGUAGUCAAAAAACUGUUUUUUUAAUUUGCAUUUUCUCCUAACCUUCGAUUUUAAUGUCUGUAAUUGCACUUUAUUGGUUUCAUCUGUUUUUUUUCCCUUUUGGUCUAAGAGAUCCUGCUGAAAGCCAGUGAUCCACUCUGGUGCUUGCUGUCAAGCCUCAUUAGUUCACCUACAAACCAUGUGUGGCAUCAUUUGGUGGGCCCUCUUUCAAUACCCUAACAGCCCACUAGGGUUUGGGAAAUGCUGCUUUACACUAUUUUGUGUGAUCUCAAUGCUUUCUUUUUUCUUGCUGAAGUACUGCCUCACCUGUUGUCAUAAAAAAAACCUCUACUCACCUACUGUUCUCAAACACGUGAAGGGCACAUCGUCUGGACGCUUCUGUUUCUGUGAUCAGUAAUUAACGACUGAAUGUCUGAUGUGCUAUGUUGCUGAGUAUUUGCUGACCUUGCCGGGGAGUUUGUUCAGAUGGUGGAGACUGACAGAUGCUGAUACCUGGGAUCUUCUUUUUGCUGUAAUAAAGUCAAUACCUGUGCUUCACUCCCCCUCCUGGAGGAUGGUCACUCUUUGGAAAUGCUGUCAUUAAAAGUUACUUUUUUGAUUUU